UUUUCGCUCAAAGCUCAAUCCUUUUGAGACGAUAAACAUAGCACUUUGGACAUCCUCUCUGGGAAGAAAUACCAGAUUGAGUGUACCUGGACGAUUUUUUCUUGUUGGGUUAAUAAAAUUCAGAGAAGAAAUGGCAGCAGCUCAGCCUAUCAAGGUGGUCGCCCUCUGUGGUUCUCUCCGCAGAGCCUCCUACAAUCGUGGUCUCGUUCGUGCAGCAACUGAGAUUUGCAAUGAGUCAAUCAAGGAUGUGCAGAUGGAGUACGUGGAUAUUUCUCCUUUGCCAUUUCUUAACACUGAUCUUGAAGUGAAUGGAACUUACCCUCCUGAAGUUGAAGGUUUCAGGCAAAAAAUUCGCCAAGCUGAUAGCAUAUUCUUUGCCGCACCAGAGAACAAUUAUUCCGUUUCAGCACCUCUGAAGAAUGCCAUUGAUUGGGCAUCUAGACCUCCCAAUGUUUGGGCAGACAAAGCAGCAGCUGUAGUCACAGCAGGAGGAGGCAGCCCAAGAGCGCAAUAUCAUCUUCGCCAAAUUGGAGUUUUCCUUGAUCUCCAUUUCAUAAACAAACCUGAAUUUUUCCUCAAUGCAUUCCAACCCCCUCAGAAAUUUGACAGCGAUGGCAACUUGAUUGAUGCUGAUAGCAAAGAGAGGUUGAAGCAACUUCUUUUCUCCUUGAGAGCUUUUACACUUCGCCUUCAAGGAAAGGCUGAAUAAUUACCGCAUUGUUGGGACCCUAUGGGUAUCAAAAAUUUGUUGCAAGUUUUGGUGAACUUUUGGAAGUGUAUUUGAUCAACUUCAUACUUGUCUUUCCUAUUUGAUAAGCAUUAUACUCAUCAAAUUUUCUUUGGCUCAAA